UGCGCAGGUGGUGUGCGUCGGGCCGCUGUUGAGGCUUACUCUGCUGUUGGUGUGUGGUGGGAUGCUCUGUCUGUGUUCAGUGCUCCAAGCUUUAUAAAAUAAUAAUAAAUAUUGUGGGUGCUCCAUUCAUUACGAGAAGUGACUGUGAUUCCGCAAACAGUUUACGAAAGCGUGUCAUUUAACAUGUCAUAGUUGAAGUCAGCAUAAUUGUGUUUCUAUAACAUAUUGUUAUUACUGUAUAAUUGUUGUGCCAAACUCUCGUCCGUCAGUACUCGAUGGAGUGGUCUCAUUUAAAGGCAUGCCUUUUGCUUUGGUGAGGUUUGGCCAGAUGUGGGAAUGGCUGAACUUGGGUAUGCGACCCUACCUCGUGGCAUGCGUAUCCCAACCCUCUCCUUUGGCCACUUCUCGAAUGGCCAUCUUUCGAAUGGGCAUGCGGGGGGCGCAGCCUCUAACUCGCGUCCACCACCUCCACACGUACCCCUAGUUAGCAUCAACAGCAGUCUGGCUAAUGGGUCCGUGACUGCUAAUGGGUCUGCAGGGGGAAGGGCAGUUCACGAUGGGUUCGCCACCAUCCGAUCGGGCGGGAGCAAGCGAGGGCGUGCCCGCAGUUCGCCUUCCGUGGUCGGGGAGACCCGAGGUCACCAGUGCCAUCACGGAUGCUGUCCGAAUCUCGGGAGAACGUGGGCCAUGGAGCCCUUAUGGGAGGAGAAAGGCUCCCUGGAGCCUUCUGGAGCUCCCCAAGUGACUCGGAGAGAACGACAACAGCUGCCCUGGUGGGAAAUCGCCACCCGGCGAUCCAGGUAUCGCUCGUGUCCUGCCUUUUCCCAGGCAAGUGUCGUCAAUGCGUUGGAACAAACGAUGAGCAGCGUCACCAGUCGAUUGGAACGACUUGCCUCCUCUCCUGAUCUCAAGGAAUCAGAGGCAGCUGAACUGCGAAAGACUGCAGCAGUAUUACGACAGCAGAGUUCCGCAGUUUGCCAGUCAGUUAGUUCAGGGUACUUUACAAUGGAAAGGCAGUUGUCAUGUGAUAGUGUAUCAAGUGUAACAUCAACAAUUAGUGGAGCAUCAUUGUCAUCAUUUGCAUCUAUGCCUUCAAGAUCAGUUCCCGGAACCCUCUCACAACAUUUUAACCAUAAUCAGUUUCAUCAUCAGACCGAUACACUCAAUUCAACUGAUAGCAGUAAGAUAAAAAAGAGAAGCUGGCUACGCAGUUCAUUUCGGCGAGCCUUUGGAAGACACAGCAGAAAACGAAACAAGCAAACAGUGGAUGGGAAUCCAGAAGAAUCUCAUGAAUUACCAAUGCAUCACACAGUGAAUUCAGCAGUUAAACAUUUAUCUCCUCCUCCUCCUUCAAGCUAUUGUACUUUAAUGAAACCUCACUCAACUCUGAAGUCUUUUAGUAAGGAAGGUGCAAAACAAAAACAAGAAUUAAAAACAAAGGAUGAAAAUCAGAGUUCACAAGAAGAAAACAACUUGAUUGCUUGCUUACAAAAAGACCUUGCUGAUAAGGAAAGGGAAUUAACAGACUGUAGACUUGAAGUCCUCUCAACUCAACAUCAACUACAGUCUCAGGCAGAUACUAUUACUAGACUGCAGGCAGAAGUAACAGGACUAAGAGAGGAAAAUAACAAGUUGUUAUCACUCAUUAGAGGCCAGUGCAAUUCAUCAGCCGAUGCUCUUCUUACCCCAUUAUCCCAUUCUCUCACCGCUCUUACUCUUAACCCAGGAAACACAUCUGGCAACAGUGUAGCUCUUGUGAGUGGUCAUCAGGUUAAGGUAAUGGUGGUUGAGCAUUCAGACUUAGCAACUGUAAAUCCUUCAGCCAUCAUUAAUUUGAAACCCAGUUAUCUUACUCAUAUUGGUAACAUUAAUGUCGAGUCCAAGACAACUUGGGAAGAAUUUGACAAGUUAAUCGCUAAUACAGUAAAGGAUUAUGGGAAUCGUAUUGAUCCAGUAUCGGCCUUAGGACUGGAGAGUGAUUCAAUAUUAUGUUAUCGGGUUGAUGAAAUUGUCCAUGCUCCAGAUCUACCAUUACCUGAAUUGCUGCCAUAUGGAUACUUUGUUGGCAAUGUAGAUGCUCUUCAUGUCUGGUUAAAGGGUGGAAAUCACAAAAAGGAUGGGGAAGCUGUUGGAGAUGUGUCACUUGCUGCUUUUAGCAGUGUAACACCAGCAAGCUCACUGAAACGUUUGGCUUGUCAGUUAACAGAGCAUCGCCGUCUGUUACUUGCUGGGCCUCCAGCUUGUGGGAAGAGCUCACUAGCUGAGACUUUGGCAAAGUUCUUUGUCACCAGUUCCACUGGAGAGUAUUCUGGUGAUGCUAUAAAAACAUUUAAAGUUACAGGAAGCAACACACUGGAAUUGUGCCAGCUACUCUCAAGCAUGUGGCCGAAAGGUCUUGCUUCAUCAUCUCAGUCUACCUCUUCUAUGUCUUCAAGUAUUAGCGUUUCAUCUUCAUCACUGAGUUCAAGUAUUACUAGUCCAGAGGAUUCUAGCACUCCUCACAUAAUAAUUAUUGAUGAUCUUCACUUAGCCAAUGGUGUCGUUGAAACUUUGCAAAGAUGUCUUCCAACAUCUGUUCAUGUUGGCCCUGCCAUCAUUGCUACUUGCUGUCCAACUGCUACUCUAGCCACCAGAUUGCACAUUAAUUGUAAUUUCAAAUGGGCUACUCUUAGUAUUCAGCAAGAACCAGUCAGAGGGUUACUUGGUAGAGUCCUGCGGCGCAGAGUGGUAGCUGCUGAAGUAGCAGCGAAUACUAGACUUCCAGAUGCUCAUCAUUUGGCAGAAUGGUUAACAAGGCUAUGGCUUCACCUAAACACACUGUUAUCGGGUCAUUGUAGUUCGCACGAAGUUGGAGUUGGGCCAGGAUUGUUAAUGGAUAGCCCUCUUGGUCAAGAAGAGACACAAGUUUGGUUUACUGAAGUCUGGAAUACUCGCUUAGUUCCUUACAUCAAAGAAACCUUGAGAACCUCAUCUUCUCCAAAUACUUCUAUCUUUGACACCUGGACUGACCCACUUGACUGGGUGUUAGCCACAUAUCCUUGGCCAGUUAAUGCUGCUUGUGGCCCUGAUCAGCUCACAAGAAUAACAGCAAGUGAUAUUGGUAAAGAGGAAGGAGGCCUUUUAAACAGAAAAUUGUCAGCUCCUGAGCCCUAUGUUCCACUGUCCGUUCGUCAGCAGAUACGGAAAGCAGAGUCCAUUUAUUCAACUCCACAGUUACUUCCUUCAGGAGGACUGUCAAAGCCAGGGACCCAUGGAACAGGGCAAACAGUAUUUAGCAAGGACAUCCAAACAGUUAAUCCCUAUCAACCUAUAAAAGUUGAUGAGAAUAGUGAGAGGAAUGAAUGUCCAAAUACAUUUAACCACAGACAAGUACAGACAGUCAAUGGUUUGCAUAAAAAUGGUAAGGUGUUCAUUGACUACAAAAAUGAAAAUCUGAAGUCUGAAAUUGGCAUAGAAAAGUGUGAUACUUCUGACUGUACGAGUGUAUUAUCAAAUAGCAGGGACAGACUCGACAAUAUGGGUGAGAAGCAUGAAGAUUACAAAACAUCUACUGGUAAUUUAAGUGACAGCAGUAAAACAUGCAACUCUCAGUUAUCUUUAGUGGAAAAUCACAAAAAUGAGAGGGAUAAAGUCCAAAUGGAUGAGGAAAUGGAAACUGAACCAUUAACAGAAAAGAGAGAGAAAUGUGUACCUUCCUUAUUCAACGGAUAUGUGAAUUCUUUCACGAAUGUGAUUGAUUGUAAAGAUAUUAUGGACACUGAUUGUAAUGCUGAACACUAUGAUUCAAACUCAAGUAAUCUUAAAGUUUUGGCAAAAAAUGCUAUAAACUCUAAUAGCCUAGCCAAUGAUUGUGUGAAAAUUAUAAGGGAGACUGCUCCAAAAAUUGAUUUAAGAGAUCUCUCUCAUGAAUUGACAUCUACUUUUAAGCCAGCAGAAACUGCAAUGUAAGUUGCUAUGGAACAAUGAUUUAGCAUGGCUGUAGCAUAUGUAAAUUCAGGUUUAUUCAGGUACUAGCAUUCAUAAUAUAUAGCCUUCCUAACAUAGUAAGUUUUCGAAGCUAUAGUUUUAUUCUGAAAUAAGAUGAUUGCAUAGUUAAUAACUUCAUCAUUGUAUGUCAGGUUCUCCCUCAAUGGAGAACAUAGAAAUUACCUAUUUUCUCUCUCUUCUGCACUGUUUGCCAGAAUACCCAUAUCCCUUCCCUCUUCUUCAUUAGGAAUUUCAUUUCAUGCAGCCUAGCAAUAAAAAACCAUUUUAAUAAAAGAGCAUAGCGAAUUUUAAUUACUACGUUCAUCAAAAAUUUUAAAAUUUUUCCUAAUUCUGUAAUAAACCUGCUUAACAUCUUCAAAAUCUUUUACUAAAUCUUCCAUAACCCAUUGUUCCCACCGAUGUACCAAAUUUCUGCCAGAGUUUAAGUACAUUUUCAUGAAUAUCACCAAAACAGAGCCAUCUCCCUUUUUCAACUGGUGUAAAUACUGUAUAUGUAUAAUAAUUAAAUGCAAAUUUUAUCAUAUUACUAUAGGUCACCUAUUCAACUGUAUAUUAGAAUAUCUUGAACUUGAAAGUGUUCAUAUUGUGUAAUAUGUACAAUCACAACAGUACAUUUUUAAUAAUGUAUUCAAUGCUAUCCAAAGAUUAAUUAUUAAUAAUAAAACAA